ACAUCGGCACCGAGUUGACGCACUUAUGGUAGAGGAAAGGAAUGACACAAAGCAAAGUUUCAAAGCAGUCUGAUUUGCUUUCUAUACCGUUUGGAAUAGACACAGAGGUCAUCUUAGAUAACCUGCGUGUGUGAACCAAAGCGAUCUGAUUUAGGCGAUUGUAUUCCUCGCCUGGAAUUUAUAAGGAGCACUGCCAUCCUAAUCACAUUGGAAAAGACACGUGUAAGCGAAAAGCCACGUUUUCAACAGUCGCCUGUGAAUGCGCCUAUGAUGAGAAGCUACAACCUUUCUUUAUCUUGCCGUCUGUUUAUCCACACUUUAGUUCGGCGGAAACUGUUGUUUUAAAAUAUUUGGAGUUGGUUGCUUUCUCCGUUUACAGGAAAUGUGUGAAACUAUGACGGACGUUGAUAUUGCAGCAAAAGCUUUGGUCCCGGUGUCAAACGGUUUGGGCAGUAACCGCUCAGACAUACUAGCCGGCGUGGAGGGAUCUGAAGACAGUCAAGAGAGUCGGACUCUCCUCAUGGUGGCAAUGAUACUUCUGGACUUAAAUCAGUGUAUCCCGUGUACCCGUGGCACUGGCAUCAGCUCUAAAUGCAUGGUGGACAGCGAUGCGGAGAGUCAAGCCGGCGUCAGGGAAAACCGGGGAAAACACAUCAAUGCGUUUACAGAGCGUUGCAGACAGAACGCAAGCAGGGUGAAAAGGACACGGAGCCGACAGACCGGCAAUGUUGCAGCUGAGAAAAGACACUGUUGUCCCUAUGCUGGCUGUGGGAAAAUAUAUGGCAAGUCGUCCCAUCUGAAGGCGCACGUCAGAGUACACACCGGUGAGAGGCCCUUUCAAUGUACCUGGCCGGGCUGUACGAAGAAAUUCUCACGCUCUGACGAGCUGACGCGGCAUUUCCGCACGCACACCGGAGAAAAGCGGUUCACGUGUCCGCUCUGCGACAAAUGCUUCAUGCGAAGUGAUCACCUCACCAAACACGCCCGCCGACACGUCGGCUUCCACCCCAGUAUGCUCGAGGGUCCCCCCGGAAGACGACGUUGUUCGACGUCGACAUCAUCAUCUUGGUCCGGUGAUCACGUGUCAGCAGGUGUUUGAGGAAUAACGUAAUCCCUUCAACGGGACGGACAGAAAUCGUCAACUCUUGAAACAAUGUGAUGAUUUAAGGGUUUACUUAAAAAAAAAACAUUGAUGUGUGUACGUAUUAUUUACACACCACACAAAUAUAAUAUGAGGGAUUGAUUUCAGUUCUGAAAAAAAGAAAAAUAUUUACUAACCAAUAUGUCAAGGGAAGGCGUAUUACACCUUUUUGUAUAUUUUGAAACAAACGGGCAAUCACACAAAUGUGUAUCGCAAUGAAUGUUGGAUGUUUUUUAAAUACAGAAUACCUGUUGCCUUCAGUUAAAGAUAUCUAUUUUGUAGUGCAAGUACCUAGGAACGCACUUUCGCUUUGUGUGAGUAUUUUUUAAUGACAGCCAUAUCUUACUUGCCUAUCCUAAUUUCAGUUAUGCGAUGGAUGUAGUGCAUUCUUCGAUGCACUGAAGAAAUCCUUAUCAAAAUACAAAUAUUUUCUAUAGAGUUUAUGUGUGUUGAGGUAAAAUGAGGCAGUUACCAAGUUCACUCGUUAAAAGACAACACCACCCCCAUCUAUAGGUGUGUUAUGGGAGUACAUGAGAUGAGGGACCUGUGGCCUCAACACAGACCUGUUGUUUAGAUUUGCUGUUUGCUUGUUUAAGGUCGUAUUAACAAGUUCCACUUGACUUCAGGAGCAGUUUUUUUACUAGGAGCAGUUUUUCCACUGUUCACCUUUUAACUUGAAAUACCUAUGAAUGUAAUAUCAGUUCAAUGUGAGUCUACCAUGAUGCUAGCCGUUGUGCUUCACAAUAACACAUAAGCACAAAUCUUAUUUUAUAUAUGAAUUAUAGUCAGAUGCAUUCAUUGGAUCUUUACUCAAAAUCUGUUUAUACAUUCUUUUAAUGUUUUAUAUUAUUAGCGAUCAACAGACUUUUAUCGUCACCAAAUGUUCAGAAAUGUUCUGUGCUUGCUGCUUCUUCAUCUGUGGUUUUAAAGUAAGCUUGAAAUUAAGAAGUAGGUUGAUUGAAAUACACUUUCAUAAAAAUGAUGCACUCUGAUGUGCCUUCUGUUUUGAAGAUUGUGCAAUUUAUUUAGAAAUAAACUUAGAAAAUACUUAA